AUGGAUAAAAUUAUUCAUGGUCUUUACAUUGGUAACUUUCGAGAUUCAAAAAAUCAUGAACAACUGAAGAUCAAUUCGAUUACACACAUUAUUUCUAUUCUGGAUACGGAGAAUAUCUAUCAAGUUGAGGGUAUUAAAUAUUUGUGCAUUUGUAUUGCGGAUUCUCCACAUCAGAACAUAAUAAAACAUAUUCCAAAAUGUAAUCUUUUUAUUCAUAAAGCUCGAUUGACCGGUGGAAAUGUAUUAAUUCAUUGUUUGGCAGGUAUAUCAAGAAGUGUAACGAUUACAGCAGCAUAUCUUGCUUCGGUCACCAAAUUCAAUUGCAACGAAACUCUUGAUGUUAUACGAAAUAUUCGACAAAUUUCUGCACCAAAUCCCGGAUUCUAUAAACAACUUAUGGAUUUUGAAACAUAUCGUCUAAGACAAGAACGAAAUCGUAUAUUAAUGGAAUAUAAUCUUGUUUUAAUAUCUAACGAUGAAAUUGAGAUUCAAAGAAUAUUAUCAUCACAUCAUUCAACGACAUCGAAACAAAUGCAAAAUAAUGGUCGAUUGAAUAAACAAUCUUCAUUUGAAUAGCAGACUAAUGAUUCAUUUUCUGAAAAGUAACAUUUGUUCAAUACAUUGGUGCCAAAAUAGUAUGAUUUUAAUUUGGAUCUUAUGUU